AUGGCCCUGACCUGGCGCCUGUGUUACCAGGUGUCUGCUCCCCGGGGGCCCAGACUCAUCAGCUGGCCGGCCUCGAUCAGGCGGGCUCAGAGGGCAUCCCUGGGAGGCCACGACGGUGCGGGGCGGUGCUGCCCGCGGGCGCUCGCGGAGGCCGUGUUGGCGGCGGAGGCCGUGUUGGCGGCGGAGGCCGUGUUGGCGGCGGAGGCCGUGUUGGCGGCGGAGGCCGUGGCCCCGUCGUGGUGGCUUCGCGACGCGGCUGCGGGCGGCCGCUCCUGCACAGCCGGGACGCGGCCGCUCUUCCGGGGGCCCGUGCACGCCCGCACCUCCGCCGCGCUGGCCGCCCCCCUCCCCGGGAAGCCAGGAGACAGGAGCCAGCCGGCGACGGGGCCCGCACCCCCGGCGCGCCCCGAGGCCCCGACAGGGCCAACCGCGGAGGACCAAGCAGCCACCACCAUCCAGCGAGCCUUCCGGAAGCUCCUGGCGAGAACGGAGCAGGCCCGCCGUGAGCAGGACCACCAGGACUACCUGGAGCUGAUGGAGAAGCUGCAGAGGGAGGCCUUCGUGGCCCUGUUGCGGCGGGAGCAGGAGGCGGCCCGGCGGCAGUAGGAAGAAGCGGCGGCGGCCGAGCGGCGGCGGCAGGAGGAGCGGCAGCGCGGGGCGCGCCUGCUGGAGGCGGCCUUCGACGGGAACCUGGGCGAGAUCCGGUUGGUCCUGCGGGAAGUGGACGCGCUGCUGAACCGCGAGGGCGUGGGUGCGACGCGGCGCGGGCGGUGCCUGGCCCUGGUGGACUUCGAGGAAGCGGCGGCGGGCGGGCAGUCCCUGGCCAUCCAGCUGCUAGCCAAGCAGGGCGCCAGUCGCAACAGCAAGGGCGCCUUCGGCCGGACGCCGCUGUACCGAGCGGCCUUUGGGGGACACCUGGAAGCCGUGGAGUUGCUUCUGAAGCUCGGAGGUGACCCCCGGGUGUAUGCGGACGACGGAAGCACCCCCGAGCAGGUGGCCUCGCUGGACGCGGUGGUCAGCAUGCUGCAGUCCUGGGACCUGAGCCUCACAGAUGCCAUGCUCCAGAACAUGGAGGCCCAGCGUUAGCGCCGGGGCCAGGAAACCAAGCAGCACAGGGAGGCGGAGGCCGUCAAGGACGCGGAGGCCCAAGUGGACAGGCUCCGGUAGGAGGCCCAAAAGGCGGAGGAGACGCUGGCCCUGGCCAGGCUGGAGUGCGGGGGGCGGGCCCAGGAGGGGGAGGAGGCACCCGGGCUGAAGGGUCAGGUCACCGAGCUCCACGACGUGCUGUUGAAGGACGUGGGUGAUCGCAUCCGCGCUGACGGCAGGUGGCCUCUUGUCAUCGACCCUUCGGGCCAGGCGGCCACCUUCCUGCGCUACCAGGACACCAACUAUGUGGACGCCGUGAACCCAGACCACCUGAGGCCGGAGAGGAUCAGGCUGGCGCUGCUGGGGGCGCUCGGGUUCGGGAAGCCGCGGGUGUCCGACCUGCGUGAAGUGGACCUGUUCCCGGCGGUGCAGCAGCAGCAGCUGGAGGCGGUGCAGCCGGGCCUGGCGCAGGAGCUGCUGGGCCGCGGGCUGCUGGAGCCGGAGAGGUACCUGUCGCUGCUGCGGUGGCCGACCGACGGGCCCGAGUACAGCCCCAGCCAGCGCCAGGAGGCGCGCCUGGGGCGCUUCCACCUCUUCGAAGUCACCAAGGUUCGCUGGCCGCUGCGCCCCAGGGCGCCGGGUCCGCUAACGUGCACGCCUCCGCAUCAGGGCUCUGGGCGUGCCGUGCAGGGGAGGGGGCCGGCCGGGAGCCCCAGCUGGGGGACCCCGGCCGGCGGGCCCCUGGGGGCGGAGUAGGCGGGCCCAAUCGGUUCCUCCCGCUGCGGAGCAGUGC